AGUCGUUUCCGUCAAAGAGGCAAGAGCUACCCUGCAGUCCGACAGGCUUGCGCGGCUUUAGGCGCCGGAUACAGUCGCCGUCGGGUUCCCAUGCUGCGACCGCCAAGAGCACCGAACCGACUUGAUGGCAUCCAUUACAAGAUGUCUCCUGCUUGUCACAAACAUCGCACUCUGGUUGAUGGGUGCGUGUUUACUUGCGGCUGGCGUGACGGCGUUCGUCAGACCGGACCUGGUCCAAUGGCUCCUCAACGAUGACAGCGGGCGUUCGCGCGAAGAGAUCUGCGCCUUCUACAUCGGCUCCGGGUCCUGCCUCCUCCUGACGGCCACUGUGGGUCUGUGGGGAGCCUGCCGCUACCUGUACGGCGUCCUCAGCCUAUACUUGGUGCUGCUUUGCUCGUGCACCGCAGCACACGUGGUCUACUUGGCUCUCCAACUGAAUUCGUGCAUCAGGGAGCGGGUUUGCACCAAGGGCUUCGACGUCGAGAGCCGCCGACACUGGAGUAUUCUGGUCCAAUCCCUGGCUCUGUUCGUCCUCUUGGUGACCCUGACGCUGUCAAUCCUGGUCUGCUGUAAGGCGAAAACCCGCAGAGGAUACCUAGCCGUGCCCCUCUGACGGACUCUACGCUGCGAACCUCCACUCCUGCAGUCAAACACGAGCCCCUGCUUACCCGACAUCGGAUAUCAUCGCUGUAGUCUUCCAUCUUCCAGAUCAGUUGCAUCAUGGAACCCUACCUCCGAACUGCUAUUAGACCAUACGAACUGGGAAAGACUGUGUGUGUUUGUGUGUGCGCGCGCGUGAAGGACUCUCCAUCUACUAGAAUGUGACAUGCCGUAGAAGGAGGAGAACACCACACUUCAUAUCGAAGAUGUCUCCUUCCUCUCGGAGAUUUUGUCCAUCACUAAUGGAUAUGUGAGAUGUAAAAUCAAGCAAUCAUUGGAUUUCUUAUUGGUGACUUUAAAUGUUGACAUUGCACACUGGCCCUUAGUAAAUGUGUGGUCGGGAAGAGAAGAAAGUCUAGGAGUGUAGAUACAGUCGUGCCAUGGUAAUAUGGGCCCGGUUAAUUUGAAUACCCCGCUUUAUAGAUAAUGUUUUGGGGGGACGAAUUGUGUAAAUACGUGCAUUUGUGUCUGGGUAUUUUGGACAAGUUUUCGGGGUGCGGAGGUACUAUUAACGAGACGAGACUAGUUGUUGCCUGACGACAGUGCUGCAUGCGUAAAGAUAAAAGAGACAAACAGUGAUGGAAGAAAGAAUUCGACAUUGGAAGUUUCAGCCUCUCACGUCAGCAGCAAAGCGUGAGCACUAACGCAGCCUAUGCCUUGAACACCACAGUAGUUACCCAAGGUGAUUCAUGUCGGCCUUACAGGGGAUGCGGCCUCAUCAGAGAGUGGGGUGAUUUUACAUAUUUUGUAGGGCCGCCAAAAUAUUCGAAUAUCUAUCAAUAUGCAUUAAUUGACGAUUAGUGUUUCACCAUUAUUCGGUCAGAGACGGGCCCACGCGUUAGACACGGACAUUGCAACGAGCCAUAUCUACGCCCCUGCAAAACUUGACGAAAAAGAACUCGAUCAAUGACGAGAACUUUCCGUGAUUUUAAUCUUUUAGACCAGUGGUUCUCAAAUGGGAGUCCGCGGACCCUUUGGGGUCCACGAAGGCAUUCUAGGGGUCCGCGAAGCCCUGCCUAAUCACUCAAACCCGGCAAUAAAAGUUGUAUUUUUUUCAGAUUACGAAGGAAUGUUCCGAUUAUCUGGUGAGUCUUCUCGUGUGUAUGUCAAUGAGAGAAGUCUCUUCCACAUUAGUCCUUAGUUAUAUUCAUUUAUUAAAUUAUAAUAAUAAUUAACCACUACCUCUCCCUUCCCCUCAUCACAAACGGGGUCCUCCAUCAUCUCUGCCGACCCACAAGGGGUCUGCGAGACCUUAAUGGUUGAGAACUACUGUUUUAGACAAACAACCGCGAACAUUUAGUACUACUCUACCAGGAGAAUGUGAACAGAACAUGUCUAAAAGCUAUUCAAUAUUACAAUUGCUUAGCUUCUAGUGCCCAGAGUACUCAGGGAUCGGCACCACCAUCCCGCUUCUUUUUGUUGUGGUCUACUGUUUAAUAUUUUUAUGAAAUGAAUAUGCAUAGACAAACUAAA